UUUCGAACUUUUCAGAAUUCAAACAGAAAUCAUGAGUCAACUGACACUACUUACACAGUGAUAGAAGCAAAGUUAACCUCAAGUCAAGUACGACAAAAAAAACAAAAUCUCAACUUAGGUUGGUCAAUAAUAAUGUUAUAAGCAUGCUUAGACGAGUGUCAAAACGUGUUAAUAAGCAUCCUUAACAAAGAGAUAUACUCAAAACGCUGCGUUCCUCUGUGUCCCUCCGAGUGUUGUCUCUAGUUUCAAAUUGUCUUCCUUUCUACAUUUCCAAUCAGUUCAUGGGACUGGUCCAUUCCAAGUUUCCGUGCUCUGAGGAUAGAUUUGCACAGGUCUCCAAGCCAUUUCAUCAGCUCGUCACUACAUUCUCCCAUAUCUCUUCUUGGCAGUCAGUAAUCCCUUUCUCUCACGCUUAAAACCCUAAACCAGUUUCAGAGUUGCUUCAUCUGCUGAAUUUUGCAGAAAAUGGCACCAGAUCCUCGUAUAAAGAAAGCUUGUAUCGCCAUGAAGGCUUUUGAUAUACCAGAGUCGAAAGUAAGGCCGAUUAUCAGGCAACUUCGGAAGAGCUAUGAUAAUAAGUGGAAUUUCAUAGAACAAGACAACUAUAGGGUCCUCAUUGAUGCUAUAUUCGACGAAGAAGAUGUGCAGGCCACUGAAAAAAAGAAGGAAGAAGAGAAAGAGUCCAACGUAUGUUCACUAGCAAUGACCAGGGGAAAGAAGAGAGCCCUUGAGCAAACCCAGCUUGUUGUUAAAGACGAAGAAGAUGAUAUCGAGGAAGAAGAAUUUCCUUUGAAGAGGAGGUUACGACGGAAACGCGAUGGAGUAUGUGACAACAACACAAGCAUUGGCAUAGGCAAACCCACGUCAAAGAAGCCAAAUGAAGAGGAUCGCAAUCUGGAAGAGGAAGAGGAAGAGGAAGAUGAAGAUGAUGAAAAGACUGAACCACCUCCUUUAAAGAGGUACUCGCGCCGGGCAGGUGAAAGUGGGUCUGCAAGAACUGUGUACAACAACACAAGUCCUAGCUUCAGCACCCCCAUGUCAGUAGAGCCCGAAGAACUACCACCAAUAACAUUAUUGCCAGCUGAUCCUGUAGUAGCUGAAAAGGCCUCUGAUUCCGGUGCACUUAUUGUCGUCAAGAAUGAGCCCUUUACCGAUCAUAAGCCUAUUAUUCUAGAGAACUGUUCAGCUCCCGUUCUUGAGAUGGAGAAAUCAAAUACUGAUGUGGAAGAACGGGAUGAAGAAACCAACGUCACUCUCAAUGUUACUACUGCCAUGGAUGUUCCUCCUUCAGAAACAGUCUCUGACAUGAUUAAGGUGGGUGAUGAAAGCGGUGCAGCUGAUAUUUCCAUGGGGUUGGUGAUUGUUCCUGAAUGUGAGAUCUCUGCUGAUGGCUGGAGAGCAUUUAGCAACACAAAGGACAUUACCGGUGGUGAAGAAAAUAUUCAGAUUCCAUGGGUGAAUGAGAUCAACGACGAGGUUCCUUCACGUUUUCGCUACAUACCGCAUAGCUUUGUGUUUCAAGACGCUGCAGUGAAAUUAUUCUCGGUCUCAAGUUUCUCUGAUGAUCAAAGUUGCUUCUUUUGUAUUGGAGACUGCUUGGAUACUUCAUCGACGCCUUGCAGUUGCACGACUGCAUACACAGUAGAAGGCGUACUCAAAGAGGAUGUCUUGGAAGCUCGGAUAUCUGAGGCUCGUGAUCAACGGAAACAGGUGCUGCAAUUUUGUCAAGAGUGCCCAUUGGAGAAGGCUAAAAAAGAAGAGAUAUUGGAACCAUGUAAAGGGCACAUUAAGAGGAAAGCCAUUAAAGAGUGUUGGAUCAAAUGUGGUUGCGCUAAGAGAUGCGGUAACCGAUUGGUCCAAAGAGGCAUACACAACAAAUUAGAGGUGUUCUUCACACCGAAUGGGAAAGGUUGGGGCGUAAGGACUUUGGAGAGAUUGGCUCAAGGGUCAUUUGUUUGUGAGUACGCUGGAGAGAUACUGACAAUUACAGAGUUAUACCAACGUCGCUCGGAAAAUGAACUUACUUCUCCUGUGAUAUUGGAUGCACAUUGGGGUUCUGAAGAAUGUUUAGAGGAUGACAAAUCUCUGUGUCUUGAUGGGACGGGUUAUGGAAAUAUCUCAAGGUUCCUUAACCACAGAUGCCUAGAUGCAAACUUGAUCGAGAUUCCAGUUCAAGUCGAGACUCCAUAUCAACACUACUAUCGUCUUGCGUUCUUCACAACAAGAGACAUCGAGGCAAUGGAGGAACUCACAUGGGAUUAUGGCAUUGACUUCAACGAUGAAGACUGUCUGAUGAAACACUUUGAUUGUGUGUGUGGUAGCAGAUUCUGCAGGAACAUUAAGCAAGCAAAGAAGGCCAAGAAGAUAAUGAUCAGAGCAUGAAGGAAAAAAAGAUAUGAGGCCUUCUGUUUUGUUUUUUUUUUUUUGGUGAAUGGGGACUCUCUAGAAAGAAAUUUUGUAAACCACUCUUUGUAGGUUGAAAAAAAGAAGAGCUAACUCUGUGUAUAGACUAUAGAGAGCUUGAGGGUCUCUUAUUAUGCUGGUGGCUUGAUU